UUCUAUUAUAAUAACAAUAAUAGAACAAUAACUGUUCUGUCAAUUCUAAUCUUAUUGGAAUGUGAAGGAAAAUAUAAUCGAAAGAAACUGGAAAAAAAUAUUUAUUCUAGCAAAUCAUAUAAUUUAACCAACAGCAGAUUAGUCGGAUGCAGAAGUGAUUACAAUCAUAAAAAUGACAAAAAAAAAUUAUAAGUGUAAUAAUUUUUACGUGUUAAAUAAACGACCUAAGCUCAGUGAAAAUCAAAAAACUUAUUGAUAAAAAUUUACAAAAUAAUAUUUAUAGAAUCCGUUCGGCAACACAUUGUGGAAGUGAUCCGGCUAUGAAACAAUUUCUGCUACAUUUAGAUGAAACUUUAUCAUUGGGCUGCAAAUUCAUAAUCCAAGACUUAGAUGAUAAUCACCUAUUCAUAUCAACUGAAAUCGUCGAAACUCUGCAAGCACGCAUUGAUGACCUAAUGGAUCGCAUUAAUGUAUCAGUGCAUGAAAAGUAAAAAAUAAACUCCAUAACACCUAACUCCGUAUACCUUCAAUAUCCAUAUCCACAACAAAAUUUAAUAAUAAUUUGUAAUUACUUUGUCACUCGAUAUGUCCAACAACAAAUCAUUCAACCUCACUACGGAAACAGCAAAACAACGUGCACUAUAUGCAGUCACAUCCAAUGCAACACCAAAAACAGCACAGCAAAAGGAUUUAGAAGAAGAUAUUUCGAACCACAAGUCAGUUUCCAUUAUGUCGAAGAAAACGUCUAAGUUGGGAGAUAAUAAUGGAAAACAAAAGAAACGUAAAAAGCGUAAGAGAGCACACAAAAAACUUCGAAUGAACUUUCAACAAUUUCUAGAUAGCGAAAAACGUUGUUGUAGUGAGUAUGCUCUAAUUUACAUGCAAGCUGCAGCACCAGCACCAAAGGUUCCACCUCGUAAAUAUUGUGCUGUGUGUGGCUACUAUUCUAAUUAUACCUGUACUGUGUGCAGCACUCGCUUUUGUAGUGUUCCGUGCAUGCAGAUCCAUCAGAACACACGUUGUGCUGCUCCUAACAGCAGCUUCUGCAGUAUGAAUCAGACAGCAAAUUUAGUUGACUAGUAUUCAUACUAUAUGGGAAAUAUUUUUAAAUUUUUCACUUAAUUUUAUUUUAUUUUCUUUUAAUUAUAAAUACUAAAGUCUCAAACUCAUAUAUUGCUCUUGCAAAAUAGUAAGUGAACGUAACAAAUAAUAUAUAUUUUUUAAUGUUAAUUUUUUCUUGCCGA